UGUUGGAGCUCCUGUCCCAACUGGCAGUCAACACUACUAAUGUAUCCUUAUCUGUGAUGACCCAGAGGUGUCCGACUCUUCACAUUGGCCUGUACGCCACACUGGCAAUGGCCACACGCCAGGCAUUUGGACCAAGGUUUGUAGAUGAGUUCAGUGUGCUGAUGGAGCUGCGUAGUGUUCAGCAGGAGGAGAGUAGCCUGGUCACCAUGCUCAAUCCCUACAGCCACAUCCAGCUGCAGCUCCGUCUCAGCCCACACACAGUCACCUUCGUCUCCACUCACCACAGACAUUACGAGUUCCCAGUAGGUAUGCUGCCCGACGGCCUGUGGCACCAGGUCUCUGUAGGUGUGUCCUCCAGCUGGCUGGCCCUCUAUGUGGACUGUGAGCUGGUGGAGAGGGUGAACUGGACCUACCCUGGACAGGACAUUACCACUGAUGGACUGCUGAUGCUGGGAGGCAUCAUAGAGGGCUUUGAGACCCCAUUUGAAGGUGCUCUGAGACAGAUGACCUUUGUGAUGGGUGACCCCGACGCAGCCAGACACCACUGUAAGCUCCACCUCCCUGUGUGUGACGGACCAGCCCCCAAAGCUCCACGCUCCCCCAGGACACCCCACACACACCAGGAUGUCGAGUUGUCCUCUGGUGACCUGCUAGAUGACUUCACAAACAUUACAGGGAGUUCCAGAGAGAGUUCCACAGAUAAAGUGGAUGCUGUCAUGGAUCCCUCCCUCCCAGAAGGCAACUCUCCUAUCUCCCAGCACGCAGCCACCCUACAACAACAAGGGAAUGGGUUUGUGGGAGUUGAUGAUGCAGACCCCUCUAUCCUCACCCUACACCACACGGAUACAGGUGCCCAUGACAGCAAUUCCCCCUAUACAGUCACAGCCUUGGAUGAGAACAUCACCACAGACGCAGAAGACAGACCACAACAUGACAUCAUCGACCUGGACUCCCCCGGCCCCUCCCCCAGUUUCCAAAGGAAAGGCUCUGACCAGAAGAGCCCAUCCCAGUCUGGUCACCCUGACCCAAGUGUGCUCAUGGAGGAGAACCUGUUGCCUCCUGCAGUGGAGCAGGGAAGGACUAGUAGUGGCUCUCUCACACAGAGGGGCCAGGGGAACAGUCAGGGGGUCGGAAAGGCUGGCUCUGACCACACAGGCUUGCUGACAGUGGCACCCAGUGAGGGUGAUGUCAUAGUCGGAUCUGACAACAAGAUUUACAGGCUCCUUAGUGGUCCUCUAGGGCCAGUUGGCCCUCCAGGAAAACAAGGAUGUGCUGGCAAAGAAGGCUAUCUUGGGUUCAAGGGAGACAAGGGAUCUCAGGGUGUCAGAGGGCAGGAGGGCAGGAGAGGUGAGACAGGCCUCCCAGGUCCUCCAGGCCUACCCACCCUCUACCUGUGGAGGAACUCCCAGGAGGAUUGGACGGACUUCAGGCGAUCAUCCUUCUUCCAGUUGCUGCAGGCAGGCUGGCCUACAGAACAGGGACCUACUGGACCGAUAGGGGAAAUGGGAAAACCUGGCCUACCAGGCAUUCCUGGAGAUCCUGGACAUAGAGGAAUGCCAGGACACAGGGGAGACAUGGGUUACCCUGGGCCAAAGGGCGUGUCAGGUCGAGCAGGGACCUGGGGCAGAGAUGGUGGACAUGGCCUGGAUGGACAGCCAGGACCACUGGGAUUCCCUGGGUUUCAGGGUCCUAUAGGCUAUAAGGGAGAGAAUGCUCCUCUAGGGGAGAGAGGAGAUGAGGGUUUCACUGGUGAGAUAGGUCCAUGUGGAGACAGAGGGAAGACUGGAGAGAAGGGUUCUAAAGGGGAGCCAGGGGAACCAGGUUCUGUUGGCCCACUUGGGCCGGUUGGUAAAAGAGGAGUCCAAGGGUUUUCAGGGCCACUUGGGCCUCAGGGCGAUUCUGGGUAUGAUGGCGCCCAAGGUCCACUCGGGCCAAUGGGGGCUCCAGGUGUGACAGGCAUGAUAGGAGCACAGGGGGUGAACGGCUCAAGGGGAGAAGCAGGGCCAGAUGGACCACUUGGCCGUAAAGGGCCCCCAGGUCCUAUAGGAUUGUCAGGACAGAGAGGAUCUCCUGGACUUCGAGGAAUCCAAGGACAUCCAGGGAUGGAUGGUCUUCCAGGUCAAAAAGGUGACAUGGGUGAAGUGGGGCCAAUGGGCAUGAAGGGUUUACCAGGCCUUGAAGGGCCCAUGGGGACUGCUGGAAUUCCAGGUCUGAAGGGGGUUCCAGCUGGAACAGGCUUCAGAGGACAAGAUGGAGAGAAAGGAGAUGCUGGACCCAAAGGAGACAGGGGUUCUGUUGGCGCGUCAGGGAUCCUAGGCCGUCAGGGUGAGAGGGGUCAGAGUGGCCUCUCAGGCCUUCCUGGUCUCAGAGGUCAAGCUGGCCCCCAAGGCAUUCCGGGUGAAGACGGAGAAGUCGGCCUCCAGGGAGUGGUUGGAAAGGAGGGGUCAAAGGCCCACAGGGGAACUCCAGGCCGUAACGGGAAAUCAGGACCUAAAGGACCCAGGGGUCAUACUGGACAGCCUGGUCUUUUUGGUAUACCUGGAAUCCCGGGUUUUAGAGGCCUCAUUGGGACUGAGGGUGCAGAAGGAAAGCCUGGUACACAGGGUGAGCUUGGCUGUACUGGUAUUCCUGGAACUAAAGGAGACAGAGGAUUCUCAGGUCUGGGGGGAGAGCCAGGACGAGCAGGUCCCCCAGGUGCUCCGGGUCCUCCAGGAAAGUCUGGGCAAGACGGCAGUCCUGGGCCACCUGGUGAUAGGGGCUUCACAGGGAAAGCUGGCGUGGAGGGUCGCCAGGGGCCAGUGGGCAUGUAUGGCUACCCAGGAGCAGUGGGUUUAACUGGGAGACCUGGUCAUUUUGGAGAGAGGGGAGAACCUGGUGUGAGAGGCCCCGCUGGUAUUCCUGGGAAGAGUGGACCACCGGGGUUAAAGGGAUCUCAUGGGGAGAGAGGGCCCGCUGGACCUCAGGGUCGUCAAGGAGACACUGGACUCAAUGGCAUACAGGGGUCACCAGGUCCUCCAGGCCUACCAGGGCCAGAAGGCAGGACCGGGAAGCCAGGCCCCCCAGGAAGCCAGGGGCCUCUGGGGCCUCAGGGGCCAGCCGGGCCAACCGGGUUUCCAGGCACUCCUGGGAUGGAUGGAGUGACGGGGCAGGUUGGAGAAAAUGGAGUGCAGGGAGCAGCAGGGCCUGUUGGGGACAGUGGGCCAUCUGGACUGGACGGACAGCAGGGUCUCCCAGGAACAGUUGGUGAGGAGGGGCCGUCUGGCAGGAAGGGGGAACCGGGAGCUCCAGGUCCCUUUGGAAAGCCAGGGCCGAAUGGACUACAGGGAGAGCCAGGGCCACAGGGCUCCCAGGGGCUGCAGGGUGAGCCUGGGCCAAGGGGCAAAGAGGGAGAGAUUGGAGGUUUCGGCAUCAGAGGAGAUCCUGGUCCUAAAGGACAAAAGGGAGACAUAGGACCUUGUGGAUUCUCUGGGUCGGAGGGGCCCUCAGGAGCGCUUGGGGACAAUGGGAAAAGAGGAGUGAAGGGAGAGAAGGGCUAUGUAGGUCUACGAGGCCAGGUGGGGUUGAUGGGGGAAGCUGGACCAUCAGGCUUGUCUGGGCUGGAAGGUGUUCCAGGGCCUUUUGGAUUGGCUGGGGCUAAUGGACCACAAGGGCAGAAGGGGGACAAAGGCCCUUAUGGUAUGGCUGGGAACUCUGGAAACUCAGGCCUUAAGGGGCUGUCAGGGAUCAGAGGAGUGAAUGGUGACAUGGGGAAACCUGGACCAAAGGGAGUGGGGGGAGGCAUGGGGAGACAGGGAGAGAUUGGUCCAAAGGGUUUCCCCGGAUUUGAGGGGCCCAAAGGCGAGCCUGGAGAGAAAGGAGAACCAGGAGAGCAGGGGCCAGACGGUCUUCCAGGCGACAGGGGGCCCCAAGCGUCUCCUGGAUUGGAGGGUUUGCCUGGUGAGGUGGGGCCUCAGGGAACUGUUGGCCCACCAGGACCUUUGGGACCAAAAGGUCGACCAGGCCCUGAGGGAAGACUAGGCCAGAAAGGUCAAAAGGGGUAUGAUGGUCGAAAUGGGUAUCCAGGAAAGACCGGACACAUCGGAAGGAGGGGGAAUAGAGGAAAAACUGGAAGCAAAGGCUUAAGAGGAGGGAGAGGAGAAAAGGGAAAGAGGGGAGAUUUUGGUUCAACCGGGCCUCCAGGAAGACAAGGGCCUUACGGGACACCUGGCUUACAAGAAGAGAAGGGUGAAAUGGGCGGACCAGGUGUAGAGGGAGAGAAGGGGAAGAUGGGACUAACAGGCCCUCCUGGAGGUCAGGGGUUGAAGGGGACACAAGGCCCUUUGGGACAGACAGGGACGGAUGGCCUAAAAGGAGAACAGGGAGACAUUGGUCCUCAUGGGGAAUGGGGGACCCCAGGUCUACCUGGACUGCCUGGUUUGUUUGGAGAAAAGGGUCUAAAAGGAUUUGCUGGAAAAUCAGGUCCUGCUGGAGUGAGAGGCCUGCCUGGCCUCCCUGGACCUCCUGGCCCCCCUGGAACUUCUCUGAACCUCACUCUGGCACAACUCAAGGACCUCAUGUACCUGUCAGACAAGCCCAACUACCUCCUGAUCCAGACUCUUCUGGAUUCAUUGCACCAGGACCUGCGCUUGUUCAUAGAUCCACCAGACGGCACCAAAGAACACCCGGCUACCACCUGCUUGGAGCUCUGGCUCUCCCAGCCCAACUUCACUAACGGUAUGUAUUACAUUGAUCCUAACCAGGGCAGCCCAGCUGAUGCCCUUCUGGUGUACUGUGACUUCACUGCAGCACCAAAGACCUGUCUGUCUCCGCUCCAGCCUCAGGUGCCAGUAAAAGCAUGGCUGAAGGAUUCUGGGACAAAUAACUCAUUUCAUUGGUUGAGUUCAAAGGAAAAAGGCUUUCAGUUUGAGUAUCUAGGACCCGACGUGGUGCAAAUGAGGUUCCUGAGGUUGAACAGCAGGCACACCAGUCAGAACAUCACCUACUCCUGCCAGCCUGGGAACAGACAGGGGCCAGGCGAAAGAGAGGUGAAGUUCCUGGCAGACACACAAAGACAGAGUUACCUGGGGACAUUACAAGAUUGUGUGCCCUCUGAGGAGCUACAUUCCGGAGGCCGUCGUGAGUCAGUGUUCCAGUUUGAGAGUGAGGACCUAGAUCUGCUUCCCUUGAGAGAUCUGGCAGUGUUUGGCAGCAGUGACCUCACGCAGGAGUUUGGAUUCACUGUCGGGCCUGUGUGCUUCAGCUAAAGGAAGAUAGACACUCUCUCUAAGGACUGCCAAGAGCAGAGACAACAAUGAGACAACCACCAGCCAGUGGGGAAAUGACCCAGAGAAAUGGGAGAGAAACAGAUACAGAGAAAGACAUCAGUAUCUCUUCUCUUCUCAUGACAUUCUUGUUUAUUGCUAAGACAAAGUAGACGUACCAACCAACAGGAAAAAGUGUAUAUUUUCUCUAUCCAAAGGUUGACCAGUUACACAUUUUCAGAGGUCAGGGAUAUUCUUGAGAGAAAUGAUCUUUGUGUUUUGUUUACAUUGAUUUUACUUGUGAUAUUAAAACAUGCUUAUUUAUGUAAUUGGUUUAAAAUGACUGGGGUUUCUUUAAAUGCUAAAGGUUCCAAUAAUUCUGUUUUCACAUACAUUCCCCAUACUUAAUUCAGGUAUGUUCUUGACGAAGAGCACUGUGGUUUACACAUUAACCUUCACUGCUGCAAUUUAACAAUGUGUCCCAAAUUUGAGACAUAGCUAAUCUCUAUGUGUAUGAGCUCCAUGCUCACUCUACGUCAUAUGUACUACUACCCUUACAUCUGCAGUUAGAAACAUACCAAUAUUGAUCCCUUGGUCAAAAACUAGGGAGACUAAUAAUAUUCUGAUUAUUAUUAGAAACUAUGACAAUGAAUUCUGUCUGGUGAUAAUAUUGUAUGCAUUAUUGCAUCACCUGAUAGAUGCAGUAGCCUAAUCACAAUUUCUACCAUUUGUGAAAUUGUGAUGUUUUGAUGUCUGUUGAUACAGAGGAACAAUGCAGUACUGUAAAAAAAAUGUUAUCUUUUACGUUUUUCCUCAGUUUCAUCUUUGUUUCAAGAUAUGUGUUUAAUUGUGUGAUUUACUUAAUUUAUAUGCUGGCCAUUUUUCUUUCAUAUUUUUAUUUUCAAGUUUGAAUAAAUAUCAAUCAUUCA